GAGGAGGCGAGAGGCGGCGGUGGCGGCGGCGGCGGCGGCGAAAGAGGAGGGGAGGACGGGGGCGGCGUCGGACUGGAGCCGAUCGGCGGUGCGAGCUGCCCGGGGCGCAGUCGUGAGCUCGCCCGCCGCCGGGCCCCCACCCCUAGGCUACACCCUGCCGUGCCCAGCUCUGCCCGCGUCCGUGCCCCCGCGGGGAGCGCGCCGGGGCUGCCCCCCGAAUGACGGGCGGAAGGUUCGACUUCGACGAUGGCGGCACCUACUGCGGCGGCUGGGAGGAGGGCAAGGCGCACGGGCAUGGCAUCUGCACGGGGCCCAAGGGCCAGGGCGAGUACUCUGGCUCCUGGUCGCACGGCUUCGAGGUGGUCGGAGGCUACACCUGGCCCAGCGGCAACACCUACCAGGGCUACUGGGCGCAGGGCAAGCGGCACGGGCUGGGGGUGGAGACGAAGGGCAAGUGGAUGUACCGGGGGGAGUGGUCACAUGGUUUCAAGGGGCGCUACGGGGUCCGGCAGAGCCUGUGCACCCCCGCCCGCUACGAGGGUACCUGGAGUAACGGGCUGCAGGACGGGUACGGCGUGGAGACCUACGGGGACGGAGGUACCUACCAGGGCCAGUGGGCUGGAGGCAUGCGGCAUGGCUACGGCGUGCGCCAGAGCGUGCCAUACGGCAUGGCCACGGUGAUCCGCUCCCCGCUACGCACCUCGCUGGCCUCCCUGCGCAGUGAGCAGAGCAAUGGUAGCGUUCUGCACGAUGCUGCCGCCGCUGCUGCAGACAACCCAGCUGGCACCAGAGGCGGCUUCGUGCUCAACUUCCACGCGGACACGGAGCUGGGCAAGAAGAAGGGCGGCCUCUUUCGACGGGGCUCCCUCCUUGGCAGCAUGAAACUCCGCAAGUCUGAGUCCAAGUCUUCCAUCUCCAGCAAGCGCAGCUCGGUCCGCAGCGAUGCAGCCAUGAGCAGAAUCAGUUCCAGUGAUGCCAACUCCACCAUCAGCUUCGGUGACGUCGACUGUGAUUUUUGCCCUGUGGAAGAUCAUGUGGAUGCCACCACCACGGAAACCUACAUGGGCGAGUGGAAGAAUGAUAAGCGCAAUGGCUUCGGCGUCAGCGAGCGCUCCAAUGGCAUGAAGUACGAAGGCGAGUGGGCCAAUAACAAGAGGCAUGGGUACGGCUGCACCGUGUUUCCCGAUGGCUCCAAGGAAGAGGGAAAAUACAAAAAUAAUAUCCUAGUCCGUGGAAUAAGGAAGCAGCUUAUACCAAUAAGAAAUACAAAAACUAGGGAGAAGGUGGAUAGAGCGAUUGAAGGCGCACAAAGGGCCGCCGCCAUGGCCAGAACCAAGGUGGAAAUAGCAAACUCAAGGACCGCACAUGCCAGAGCAAAAGCUGACGCUGCUGACCAGGCUGCACUGGCUGCCCGCCAGGAGUGUGAUAUCGCGAGAGCUGUGGCCAGAGAGCUGUCGCCCGAUUUCUACCAACCCGGCCCUGAUUAUAUCAAACAAAGAUUUCAGGAGGGGGUAGACGUUAAAGAAAAUCCAGAAGAAAAGGUACCAGAAAAGCCACCAUCACCAAAGGAAUCCCCACAUUUUUAUCGCAAAGGCACGACACCCCCCAGGUCCCCUGAAGCAAGUCCCAAACAGAGUCACUCUCCCCAGCCUUCCUCCCCAAAGCCUACGAGGAAACAGAACCCCAGCUCAGGGGCCAGACUCAGUCAAGAUAGAAGGAGCAUGACCGAGGAGCAGGUGACAGCCAUUGUCAAUAAGCCCUUGACGUCAAAGGCUCCUUCAAAGGAACUCGGAGCAACCGUGCCCAAGUACUCUGGCCGCCACCAUGUCCCCAACCCCAGCAACGGGGAGCUGCACUCUCAGUAUCACGGCUACUAUGUGAAACUGAACACACCCCAGCAUCCUCCAGAAGAAGGGGAGGAUGAGAGUGGAGCCAGCCAGUCUUCCUCAGCAUUGCUACACAGGCCGUCACCUAACAAGUGGAGUCCCUCUCCGUCUGGGACAAAACCAGUUGCCAAAGAAAGCAAAGCUGAGCCUAAAGCCAAGAAGUCUGAACUUGCUAUACCAAAGAAUCCAGCAAGCAGUGAUUCCUGCCCUUCGGAAAAAGAAGCCAAUUCAGGCCCUAAUUCGGUCAUGAUUGUCCUGGUCAUGCUGUUGAAUAUCGGGUUGGCCAUUCUUUUUGUUCACUUUCUGACUUGAUUGGCAUGAGGAAAGUGAAAUCAUGACAACUAGUGGAGUUAGCCCACACUUCUGCCAUGGUGUCCUCAGCCUUUUAAACGGCACACCCCAGUCAGACUCAGGCAAGGAGGCUUGGAAUUGGGAUGGGAUCACGAGAGAGAUGAAACUUGGAAAAUUCAGCCAGAGGAACUGUUCAGGUCCCCCAGGAGUGCUUUGUGUCUUUUGGGGUCCUCUGGGAGCUGAAGCACACAGCCAUGUUGGAGAGCAAAGCUUAAUAACGAUUCUUUUUUAAAAUCUGCUGAAGCAGCCCCAUCGGGCGAAGUUCUUGGCAUUGGCUCCUCCAUCUGUCCUAGCAGAGUGUGACUGAACUGGAAAUGUAUGGACCUGCAGUUUUUUGUUUUUUUUUUUUUUUGAUGGAAGUCAACAGCUGCCUUACCAUUUUACCAUCUGACGUUUUUAGUAGGGAGCUGGGCAGAGAAGACCGCCCAAGGAAUGCCGUCUGAGGAUUGUGUUGCGGUGGGCACGGUUCCAACCUUCACUCCUAUCUCAUUAGAAGAAGUAGGUAGCCGCAUCACUCAGCAGUCUUCUGCGGUGACCUGCUGCUUUGACAUCUCCUGGAAUGUUCUGGGAGGGAACAUUUCCUUUGCUUGUGCACGACCCUGCUCAUUUUCGCUGUUUAUUUAAAUAUGAUGCAUAAUCAUCGUCCACCUGCAGCCCUGGAUCGAUGAAAACACACAGGUUGCAUCUCAAGGAAAAGCAGCAACAAAAGACUAGUUAAAAAGGAGAAACAUAGUGUUUAUUUUAAUAGCAAUAUAUCAUUUUCAUGUUGUUUAUUCUUUCUAAACCCAUCAAAGGCUAUUUAUCUUAAAAAUGUAGUGAUCUGAAGGUACUAUACCUUCCAAAGAAAUAAUUUAAUUUUAAAUAUUUUUAACAUCACUGAGGUGAGUUGUUGAUGCACUCAGGAGGUGCUUAAUUUUAAAAGCUGAAAGACAACAGAAUACUAAGUCAAAAUGUUGCAUGGAUUGCAGUCAUCGGUGGUUAAGGGUUCGGUUUCAUUGCUGACGUAUGUUACAACCAAAUAAAAUGUUGUCAGUGGCUAUGUGAAUUCCGAUGAAAGUCAAGCAAGAGUCUAUUAAUAGCUACCCUUCUCUUUCUCCACCCGCCCCUCCCCACCCCCAAAUUUUGGUUGAAUGCAUUCAGGUAGAUAGACGCUUCCUUAAGCUCGCUGCUCCUCGAUUCUCUGCCCUCCACAUUUUUCAAAGUUGUUUUGUAAUCUUCUUUUAAACUUUAAAAGACAUAGACGGUUUUGUUUUAAAUAUUUGUCUUUUGCUGUCCUGUUUUGUUCUGACAUUGAUUUUUUUUUUCUAUUAUAUAAUUUACUCAGAAGCAUGCUUACCUAGAGAAACUAUAUGAUCUUUAUAAAAAAAAAAUAAUUAUUUAAAAAGAAAUCAGGGGAGGAAAGGUAUGUCUGAGUCUCUUGAGGAUGUUACCUUGUGGAGGGGGAUCUCUUCCUGGAUGUUAGCCAUGAUGUCAUGGUGUCAGCCGAGUCUCUCCGCCCCCAGCUGCCUCUUUAGUGUGGAAGAGCCGGUGUGUGUAAAUCCAGGUCAGCACAGGUGUGGGCUGCAUGCUUCGUCACUUGCAGGGUGGUGACCCAGUGGCGGUUUUUUCACACAAGUGCAAUAGAGUAAGUAAUUCCUGGGUGUGGCCAAGACGGGUUAAAUAAGGCAGAAAGAGAGCAGGUGAAAAUAAAAUUACAACUUGUAUAUUUAUUUUUUACAUUUUGCUUUGACUUUUAAAUUUAGAAAGUCCAUUUUUACUCAAGAACAAACUGAGUCCCUAUGUCAGUCUCCACAUUGUCCCCACCCCUUCUUACCCCUGUAGCUCCGUAUGCUGGGAAGGCGGAUUUUUUUUAAAGAAAAUAGAAUAUUUAAUCUUUUAAGUGUUUAUUUAAAUGUGUAAUGAAUGCUUUGAAAAGAAUGGGCAACAGAGGACUAAAGGAUGUUUAUAAAGUGAGCAUGUUGGCUCCAUUUAUAAAUAUAUAUAUGAUUUAUAAGCUUUUUUAAAACAAAGCUCAAAUUGUGGGUAUUUUUCUAAAAUGUGCACAGCUGUAUUUUCCAUGAAGGAUCUUUCUAAUAGGUUGUUAUACUGUACUCUACAUUUUGGACAGCACAUGAAGUCUGCCAAUGUACUUAAUAAAACAUGACUUUGUUUAUUUCAAGUUUCUUGCUGUGAAAAAGAACGCCCUACCAGUGAGUUCCUUAAUUUAUAAUCCUUGAAACCAAAAUGUAUAAUGUACAGUUUCCACAACUGUAACUGCUCUAAUAAAAAUGUUGGUUAUUAAUAAAGUUGGUGGUGUCUUUC